AUGUUGACUCCUACUAAUGAGGAAAGUGACCACCAGGUCCUCUCUCACAACUCUAACUGUAAAACUGAGACAGAGCUCCGACAGCAACAUGUCUGUAAGGAGGAAGAGAUUCUCACAGACCAGCAGCUAUGUAAACAGGAGGAUCCAGAGCCUCCACAGAUUAAAGAGGAAAAGGAGGAACUCUGUACCAGUCAGGAGGAAGAGCAGCUUGUACUGAAGAAAGGGAAUGAUACCUUUAUAUUGACUCCUACUAAUGAGGAAAAUGACCGAAGUGAACCAGAAGCAAACAGUGACCAACAGCUCCUCUCUCACAACACUCCUGUAGCUAAGAAACAAGAUCAGAAAAGAAGGAAGCAUGUAGACCCAGGAUCAAAGAGUCGUAAAACUCGGAAAGGUAAAAACUCUUUCAAAUGUCACACUUGUGGAGCAGUUUUUAAAAAUAACUACAAUUUGAAAGUACAUCAAAGAUGCCACACAGGUGAGAAGCCAUAUUCUUGUAGCACCUGUGGGAAAAAAUUCACUCGGACAUCAACAUUGAAAGAUCAUUUAAAAACUCACACAGGUGAGAAGCCAUAUUCUUGUGACACCUGUGGGAGAAAAUUUAGUCGGACAUCAAGAUUGAAAGAUCAUUUAAGAAGUCACACAGGUGAGAAUUUAUAUUUUUGUAAAACAUGUGGAAAAUGUCUAAGAUCAAGCUCAGGCCUGGUGGUCCACAUGAGAACCCACACAGGGGAGAAGCCGUACACCUGCAACACCUGUGGGAAAAAAUUUAGUAUCAAGGCUGACUUGACUAAACAUACAAGAACCCACACAGAUGAGAAGCCAUAUUCUUGUGAAGAAUGUGGGAAAGGUUUCACUACUCGUUCAAUCUUGUUGGUUCACAUGAGAAUCCACACAGGUGAGAAACCUUAUUUUUGUGCAACAUGUGGGAAAGGUUUCAGAACUUGUUCUGCAUCAUUGGUCCACAUGAGAAACCACACAAGUGAAAGCCCGUACACCUGUAACACCUGUGGAAAAAAAUUCAGUAACAAGUCUGACUUCAGUAGGCAUACAAGAAUCCACACAGGUGAGAGGCCAUAUUCUUGUAGCACCUGUGGGAAAAAAUUCACUCGGACAUCAACAUUGAAUGAUCAUUUAAAAAAUCACACAGGUGAGAAGCCAUAUUCUUGUGGCACCUGUGGGAAAAAAUUUAAUCGGCCAUCGAAAUUGAAAGAUCAUUUAAGGAGUCACACAGUUGAGAAUUCGUGAUUUUGUGAAACGUGGAAAAAGUCUCAGAUCAAGCUCAGGACUGUUAAUUCACACGAGAACCCACACAGGUGAGAAGCCGUACCCCUGUCACAUCUGU